AUGUUUGGCGCUGUGCUGUCGGCGUUAGCCCGGUGGUUCCUUCCUGUGCGCAAGCAGAAUCUGAAGAAGCCUGCUACCGCCGCUGAUAGACGGAAGACCUCGCUGCCAGAGGCGCCUGUAAAGCAGAAAGAUGUUGGCAGGGACGACGAGGGGCAAUCCACCGUCGCAGAUGCAGCAGAGAGUCCCAGACAAGCUCAUGAGCUGCCCCAGAGAUCUGUUCCAGCAGAACAGGAUGAACGGCCGGGGCCGCUGGGUGAGUCACUGCCAGCAGAGGUCAGACAUCGUCAGCUUGAGCCAGCUGCGGCGUCCACGCCAGCCGGUCAAGCCCAGCAGGAGAGCGAGGAGCCAUCGGCGGCUUCGGGCUCCGUGGCAGCGCGAGCGGCAGACCUGCCAGCGCAGGAGCCGCCUGCGCCGCUGCCCGCGCAGCAAAUGGAACCAGCUCAGGCCACCGGCCAGAAGCCGGCACCGUCUUCUCCGGAGGAGCCCCUGGCUCCCCACAGCGCGCUGCAAGAGCUUGCAGCAGAGCCUGCAGUGGCAUCCGGUGAGGCGAGAACAGACAAGAAGCCAGACGAUGUGUUCGAGGCAACCAGGACAGCCAGCCAGCCAAAGAAGCGGGAGAGGUCCCAGGAGGCCAGCAGCAAGUCCGCCACUCUGCAGAAGAAGCUGGAUGAAGCUAAGGCUACAGAUGCCAGGGCCAGCAAGACAGCCAUCCUUCAAAAGAAGCUGGAUGAGGCCCGCAAGUCUUCGACCCCGAAAGCAGCGGAAGAGGCCCGAACGCCCAAGAAGACACGGGACAAUGACAAGACCUCGAAGAAGAACCCAGUCCCCACCCCAAGCGCUAAACCCUAG